CUCCUCCACUCCCUCACACACUCUCCCCAUCCUCUCUCUCAGUCCCCGGCUCACAGAGCUUCACUUCACACUUGUGUUGUGCACGAGGUCCCAGCACUGCUCUGCUCUCCUCUCUUGCGCCGCCCGCCGCGUGUGUGUGUCCUGCCGACUGACCGACUGUGUGUGUGGGAGUGUGUCUGGGACUGACCGAGAGAGACAGCGCUCUCCACAGAAGGUUACUUUCUCUCACGCCGACCGGCAGCAUCGUUGGAGCCUCUGCCACCGCCACCGCUGCUCGUUAUCCAUCCCCAGAGUCCGGGACGUUCAGCAGAGACGCGCACACACACACUCACACACACGCGCUCACACACUCAGGUCCAAGAUGAGAGUCCAGCUCCUGCUUCUACUGGCCCUGGCUGGACCCUUCCUCAGCGUUGCCAGCGCAAGUACGUUGGUAGUGCCCACUGCGGAGGAUCUGGCGUUGGUGACGGAGGGUCCAGCUGUUCCUGAGCCCACUGCCGCCCUUGAAGCCGCCGCUGAGGAGGAAGCCCCUGCUGCCACAGAAGCACCUGCCGAGGCCGCGCCCGAGGCCACCGAAGCAGCCGUCGUCGAGGAGACCGCCGCUGUCGCCGAGGCAACCGAAGCCCCUGCUGCCGAGGAGGAAGUGGUCGACGCCACAGAGGCCGCCGUAGCUGAGGAUGAGGCCGCACCAGCCGAGGCCGCUCCUGAGGAACCGGCCGCUACCGAGGCUCCUGCCGCCGCCGCAGAACCCGAGCCAGAACCCGAGCCAGAACCCGAACCAGAACCUGAGCCUGCAGCAGAACCUGAGCCAGAACCCGCCGCAGAACCUGAGCCAGCAGCAGAACCGGAGGCAGCCGCAGAGGAGGCCGACGAACAGGUCACGUUGGAGGAGGAAGGCAUGGGCUCGGGGCAGGUGGUGGGGAUUGUGAUUGGUGCUCUGAUUGCUGUCAUUGUGGUCAUCGCGGUUAUCGUGGUGGUGGUGCGAAGGAUGGGCCAGUACUCCCCUUGAGGAGGAAGGCAGCUCGACAGGAACCUCCUCCAAAGAAGUUCUGGAUUUUCUGAACUACUGAAUGACGUCACUUCCUGUCGAAUAUCUAAGCAUGCUACAAGCACUCUAACACUUCCAGGAUCCUGGACUAUCGCCAAACGGAGGAGGCAGACCCCCCCCUCUCCCCCCCGCCCUAGAGCCAUUGAAAUGGACAGCUCUACCCCCCCCAUCCCUCUCAUUCACACCCCCCCUUCAACACAACAGGGUGACUACAGGAAGUCACUUUUCAGGGUCUUUAAAAACUGCAUUGUAAAGCAAUAUGGAGACAAAGGGAAUCUGCAUUGUGGUGUAAAUGGACACAAACAGACACACACACACACAUACAAUAUAAUAUACUGGACAUGCACUCAUGUGCUACAGCACAAUUCUGAGUUGCGCAAAGUGGACCUAAAAUAAAUAAAUCCACACAAAGAAAUAAGCACAAAUAACCAUUGCACACACACACACACACACACACACACACACACACACACA